CCCUAUUUUUUUUUUAUGGUUGAAGAUGUUGUUAUGGUGAUUUUGGUGGAUUUUUUUCAGGCUUCUUGUGUUAUUUGGUUUGAUUUCAUGUAUGGCUUCACAUGUCGACGAUUUGAAAUCUAGAGAAAGGUUAAGGUGGGGAAGCCCUACCAAAGUUUAUACCAGGAAGCGUAGAAGGAUCCAGAAGAAGGAUGACCCGAUUCCGAUCUCCGCUGCGCCGGAUGUCAACAAGGGUAGCAGCAAGGAUGCGAAUGGUUUUGUUGUACAGGCUGGGGAAUUGGAAUCUGCAGAAGAAUCGGAGCGGUUGCAGUACCGUCAGGAGGAGGAAGAACCUCAAUUGAAAGAUUCGUUGCCGUGUGAUUUGGAAUUGGAAGAUGGGAGGGAUAGGGAUCAGGUAGAAUUGAUAAAUGGUGGACAAGGGCAGGAUGAUACCCUUGGAUCACAGGGAGAUUUAGAUGGUAGAGAAGUGGCUAACGUUGGUGGCAGCCCAAUUGUGGAGGCUAAAAAUGGUGGGGAUGUUCGGGGUGAAGAGGCUGCUAUGGCGAGUUAUACAGAUGGAUUAACUAGAGAGCAUGCUGAGCUGGAUUCGACAGUUAAGCCUGUAAUUUCUAGGGUUCGAGAUAGAAUUAGGAUUAAUAUAGGGGGAGCGACAUCAAGAGUGGAGAUUAGAGGUAUUAGGAGGGACUUAGCGGGUGAGCUUGAUCAGAUUAGGAGUUUAGUUAUAGAGCUUGAAGCUAAGGAGCUUCAGCUGACCACACAUGAUACAAAUACUAAUGGUGGUUUUAAUAAUGUUGGUAGGAUAACCGCUAUUCCUAGUGGUGCUGUUAAUUCUAAUAGUCAACCACGAUAUAUCGAUAAUGGUGUGAUGAAUAGUAGGGCUUUAGUGCGAGUGAAUUCAGAGAUGGGUUUGGUGGGGCACCCUGGAUCGAGACCAUUCCAGCGACCAAGGGUUGCAGUUGUGGAAAACAAUAAUGUAGUUGCUGAGUUUGUGGAGAAGGAGAAGAGGACCCCGAAGGCCAAUCAGUAUUACACUAAUUCCGAAUUCUUACUUGGGAAGGAUAGAUUGCCUCCGGAAAGCAAUAAAAAAUUUAAGCCAAAUGGUGCUGGGAGGAAACACAAUGGUGAGUUGGAGCAGGGGUAUCCAUUUGGCGCUGGCUUUGGCUUUGAUAAACAUAGGAAUCAGGUGUUUAAGAGAUGCACCACCCUGCUUCAGAGGUUAAUGAAGCACAAGCAUGGGUGGGUAUUUAAUGAGCCAGUGAACGUGGAGGGUCUUGGGCUGCAUGAUUAUCAUGCUAUCAUCAAGCAUCCAAUGGAUUUGGGCACUAUCAAAGCUAGGUUAUCUCAAAAUCGGUACAAGUCUCCCAGGGAGUUUGCUGAGGAUGUGAGACUUGUCUUCCGUAAUGCCAUGACUUAUAAUCCCAAAGGACAUGAUGUUCAUGUUAUGUCGGAACAGUUGUUAAAGAUUUUUGAAGAGAGGUGGGCGGUUAUAGAGGGCGAGUUUAAUCCGGAUUGGAGGUAUCAAAUGUAUCAUGAUGCAGGUUUGCCUACCCCCACUUCAAGAAAGGUCCCUCAGCCUUCUCCCUUUGCCCAUGCUUCUGUAACUUCUCAUGCCGCUCCACCUGCUUCUCAAGCAAGGACUUUGGAUAGGUCUGAGUCAAUGAUUGGACCAGCUGAUUUCAGGUUCAAGCCAUCACGCGUUGCUCAUGUUGGUAGGGUACCAGUUCCUAAGAAACCUAAAGCAAAUGAUCCCGAUAAAAGGGAUAUGACCUAUGAAGAAAAACAGAGACUCAGCACACAUCUUCAGAGUUUACCUUUAGAAAAGCUUGAUGCUGUUGUUCAGAUUAUUAAGAAGAGGAACUCAACAUUUUAUCAACAUGAUGAUGUGAUUGAAGUAGACAUAGACAGUGUUGAUGCAGAAAGCCUCUGGGAGCUUGAAAGGUUUGUGACCAAUUACAAAAAGAACUUAAGCAAGCAGAAGAGAAAGACUGAACUUGCUCAGCAAGCCAGAGUAACUACACGGACUGCCCCAGUCAUGAAUUCUGCUCCUAUGGUUGCUGGUGCACUGAACAGUAAUACUGAAGCGGGAAGACAGAUGGAUAACGCAAGCAGUUCCAGUAGUUCAAGCAGUUCCAGCAGCGAUUCAGGUUCAUCGUCAAGUGAUUCUGAUAGCGAUAGUUCCUCUGGAUCCGGAUCUGAAGCGGGCCAUUGAUGUGAAAGGCCACUUAGCGCAGGAAUUCUUCAUGGAUGUCUUUAGCUGUGUACUCAUCUGAAGGUUCCAAGAUGAAGGUCCUCUUCUGGUUGAAGGACGGCUGCAAUCAAGAACUUCAAGUUUUAUAAUCGAAGAGAUAAGUGAUUUUGGAAGAGUCAGACAUCUCAUUCUUAACAUUAUUUAUGAUGUUAUUUCUAUACAAGUGUUAUUGGUUAUGGUAGUCAUGUGAGAGAUGUAGCACCUGUAAAUUGCUUCACCAGUUUUGCUUAUACAUGUGCUGGGAUUUUCAUUCAUAGCAUUGCACACAGUUAGAGCAGCUAGGUUUGCUUUGUGCGAUGUCCUGCAGCU